AACCCUAAAACUAAGCCCUUCUCUUCUUUUGGUAACAUUUAUUCACCAAUGGUCUGAUAACAUCAAUGUUUACCUAAAGGUCAAUGGAGGAAAAUGGUUCAAUUCAAUAAAAGUCUGAUCAUGUAGUAAACACAUCCAGAAAUACACACAAUACACACUGGUUUUUAACAAAGACAUUGAGAACAGAACAUUUAAGUUGCUUCCAUCUUUUGUCCUGAAGAGAUCUUUUCAUCCUGCUGUACUUUGUGUACUUUAGUGCAGAAUAGUGUAAUUGAUGUUGUUUUGCGCCUCCUCUCUCUCUCUCUCCUUCCUCCCUCCCUGUUGGCCGUGCUGCUCCUCUGCUUGGCCGCCUCCGUGUAUCGGCCCACAGCGGCGCACUGAGACGCUUCUAAUCCUCUUUUGAUGAACUCGGUUAAUAGACCUCCUGCAGCGGACUUUGGCGCUGUUCAUUAGGCAGCACACGACCCUCUCCACGCCCCCGGAGCACGCACUGCGCGCUCCCGAGGCUCCUAUCUCCAUAAAUCCACCCAUCAAAGUGGAAAAAAGUUUGUCGAAGUUCUCAGUAGUGGAACACUUUGGUUCUUCGGUGUUUGGUUCUUGUGUGUUUCCGAGGAGAGGACGAGUGAUGCCGCCGAGUAAAAGCGUCUUCGCGCCUUUCAUCUCUGUGGCCCCUGAGGGAGGGCUGGGGGCCCCCGCGGCCCCGGCGGCUCUCCACGCUGACAUCCAAGCCCUGCUGCAGCGGAGACCCGGGGCGGAGCGCGCCAGACGCGGCUGCGACUACCGGGACGCGCCGUGCGCCAUCGUGGAGCUCCGGCUGGGCCCCUCCGGCGGCGCGCUGCACUACCUGCAGCCGGACAAGUGCGCUCUGGAGCGGGCGCAGAGACGGAGGCGCCUCGCCGCCAACGCCCGGGAGAGGAGGAGGAUGCUGGGGCUCAACGUGGCCUUCGACCGGCUGCGGAGCGUCAUCCCCAACCUGGAGAGCGACAAGAAGCUCUCCAAGUCCGAGACGCUGCAGAUGGCGCAGAUUUACAUCUCCACCCUCAGCGAGCUGCUCCAGGAGGGCGCAUGUGAAGCCUCGGAGGCGAGCGGCGCCCCGCGGCUCUCCGGAGCGGCUCAGGGGGCCACACUGGCGCACAGGGAGCCCAAAGUCAGGGACUUUAAGAGCGGCGGAGGCCCGGACCAGGACCCGGAGCAGAGGAGCUCUAGUGAGGACAUGUGGGAGAGACCGAACGGGACCAAAUGAUUUGACUGCAACAGGGAUGGGCAACUUAAAUGCUGCAGGGGGCCACAAGGUUUCAUGUUCACUACCACAGGGCCACAUAUAGGAGCAUCACUUAACCAGAUAUGAUGAAACUGCAAUUUUAAAUAUGUUUACAGUGCAGUAACUUAACAUAUUUCAUGCUCAAAUGCAUUUUUAUCAGUAUAAAUAGGAAUACAAAAGGUUUGAAGCUAAUAAAAAAAUUUGAUUUCUUUAUUUUUUAGUGCAAGAACAGCAGACCAACAUUAAUUGCAAGAAGUAAUUUUGUGCAUUUUUACGAUUUCAUGUUUUUGG